AUGCAGGGUGGCCCGAAGCGCAAAAGCAAGAAAAAGGCAGUGGUCAAGCCACCAAAAAAGAAGAGCUGUGAGGGUGAAGGGAAAGAUGGGCAAGAAGGAGACAAGGAGGAGGAGCCAAAACGCAGGAAAAGAAAGUGCAAACAGAAGGUGAAGACCGAUGAUGACAAGAGGCUUGCGGCUGUCCAGAGCUACCUUGGGUCCCUGGGGUUGACAUGGUCGUUUUGCCAAAGCUAUCAUGCCCGCAGAGGCUUUGCUGAGAGUGUCUCAGGGAAAUGCAAAGGAUUUCUGGCUUGGCAGAAUAAGCUGGGCACAGACUUCGUGGAGCCUGAGUGUUUGCUUUGCUUGUCCAUGAUCCGGGAGACGCAGUUCAACAUGGAAGUAGUGCGUGGGUUGGUGGAAGAGGCACUGUUGCCAUUCAAAGAAUCACCAGCAUGGAAGCACCUGAGGCGGUUGAAUGAAACUGUACGUCCAUGGAUUGAGCCACAGGAGAACGUUAUGGAAGAUGGUGCUGCCACGGAAUGCUUGGACAUUGUUCCUUACAAGCCUCCAGAACAAGAUGGCGAUCAAGCAGACCAGGAAGAGGACCAGGCUGGCAAGAAUGUGGCGAGAGAGCCCGUGAACCCUGGGUUGAUCAUCAUCCGUAUGGGGCAAGCUCAUGUACUUCAGGCCUUGCCAAACUCAAACAGAGGACGGAUGUGCAAAAUCAGAUGCCGAGUGUGCAGAAGCAAACAACAGCCCAACGGAAGGACCUUCCAAUGCAACACUUCCAGGGCGAAUGACAUACGGCAUUUCAUAAAACAGCACCUGAAAGGCCCAAAUCACAUUGCCAACAUGGCCCGCUGGGCAAAGGACAUGCAGAGGGAGCAGGACGGUGAGCCCGAGCCAGUGGCAGAUACACACCAUGUGCCUUGUCAAGGGGCAUGUUUGACGACUGGUCAGAAUCGCACGAGCAUCUUUCGUUCAGAGUUGUUGCUGUGGGCCACCAUGACCCAGAUGAAGAAAGACUUGGCCAAGCACACCUACUUUUUGGACCUAUCAGGGGACGUGAUCGCAUUCCAUGAGAACUGUCGAAAGGUUUUGCCACAGCCUGAAGAAGGUAAGCGGGCAGUUUGUGCCCAGUGCGAGGACCAGCGCCUUGCUGACCGUGCCUUGCGUUCAGCGCUUCGUCUGAACCUGAAGUACCAUGCGGCAAAGAUUCUUGAGGCAAGGCUUUUCAAGAGCCCAGAGCGUUUGAUCGAAGUGCAGGAGGAGAUGAGGAGCACCAGGAUGUACAAGAUGAAUCCAAAGUCUGUUGAUGAUGUUGUGACGGACAACACAGUCAAGCUUCAGAAGUGGAUUCGUCAAUCGUUUUUGAAGGCGAAUCCAGAUGUCCACAGUUCGCUGUUCCAAGAAUUCAUUGACGUGACCGUGAGGCCUUGCCUUGCCAUCAAUGUGUCUGAUUGUGGUGUAGAGAUGAAACAAAUGGCCAACAGCUUUACCAAAGCAAUUGCUUGCGAGCAGUUCUCUCGUGACAGCAUGGAGCACUUGUGUGUGCGAAUCAUGGAAAAAACAGCUAAGGGCACCCUUGCCAGCAACCCAGUGGCUAUGGGCAUUGUGCUGCAGUGCCUUGAGUACACAGACAGACUCGAGCGUGAUGUUCAGUCAAUGAAAAAGACACGUUUGAUGAGUGAUCGCGAGAAAGCCGUGGUUGAGGAAGCAGCAAUGACACUGGCCAUGAAUGGUUGCUCGGAGCAGCUCAUGAAGUCAAUGGGCUUCAACAAAAAGUGUGUCUUGAGGGCCUAUGGUGACUUAGACUCGCUGAAUGGACAGUCUCUUCCAUGUGGUGCGCUGGCACUUCUGUUCCCUGACACCCUGGGCCAGAAUCUUUCCAUCAUAGAUGGGAUGUAUCCACGAGAUCAAGGUCACAAGCGUCGAUUUUGCUUGUGUUUCGACAGCACCUACCUGUUGGCCAUGCAUCAGAGCCUACGUCUCCAAGGCAAGAAGGUCAUGGUGGGAGCUCCAUUUCGCAUGGACGACCUCGACUCUGAGUACCCUGGAUGCUACCAAGAGGUGGUGAUGGGCGAGCAAUUGAGAGAGCGUUCCAAAGCAAACCGAAUGCUGCAGUUGCUGAUGUGGGAUCCCAUGACCUUCAAUGGGCAUUGCUUCAGUCCCACGAGCUUGCCACUUUCUUUGAAGAGGUUGAAGCAGGACCAGAAGCAGAGUUCUUGGGAAAUCUUGCUGAUGCUUGAUGCAUUCAUGCAACACGCUUCUGACUAUGUGCGCAUCUUCAUAUGCGACUCUGAAGCCUGCAACCUCAUGCUGAAAGCAUUGAUUCAUGGCACUCUUGACAACAGCAUGAAGCGAAAGAUUGCUGAGACACGGUUUUUCUCACGACUACGGUACUCUGAAGUUCCAGGACUGAGUGUGCUUCCAAGCUUCCCCAUGCUUUUGUGCAAGUUGGAAGGCGACUUUCUAUAUUGUAUGCCAGGUGCUGCUCAUGCUGCAAAGAACUCAUGCACACAGCUCAUGGCCCCCCACAAGUUGCUGCACUUCGGGUCCUACUUUGCAGAUGCCAGUGGAACACUGCAGAAUGACAUGCCGUUGCCGGCAUUUUGCCGCCGUGAUCCAAUGAGCGACCGGCUGGCUUCUUUGCUGGCUUGCCCCUUUUUCGUUGUGGGCAAUCGUGCUCCUGCGGUCCAUGGAGGUUUGGAGCUGAAUAUUCGAUGCGAGCUUGCAUUGAGUGGGAUGAUCGCUCUGGAUCUUUUCACCAUAGUCGCCAGAAAACUGGAAGAGAAGCGCAACGUCCGCAAGGGCACAUACACGAUGGCCUCACAAACCCGAAAAAAAUUGCAAACAUGUGCAAUGACGACUGUGUGUAUUUGUGCUUCGAAACCUGAUUGGCUCCACCCCUUCACCAUUCCCAAUGCCCUGUCGGAAGUGCACAUUGAACGCUACUUUGGAACUUUGAGAAAUCAGUUUCCAAACGGUGAGAUGACUGCAAGGCAGUUCUGGGCAGCUGAGGCCAGGUUCUGUCGAAAGACUGCCGGGGAACUCAAGUUUGCCAAAUGCCCUACGCAUGCAGAAAAACACUUGGACAAGAAGCAGAUGGAAAUCUGUGCAAAGAAUGCGAUCCAAUCAGCCCUGGAUUUGGUAUCCAGAUGUUCCAACGUAACAGUGGAGAACUUGGAAAAGAUGUACAUUGCCGAGGCACCUUGGGAUUGCCAGGAUGACUUGCCGGAACCUGAGGAUGAAUUGGAUGAGGAAGUCGACGACAAUGAAGAUGAAGGCAAGGAUGCCGAAGUGCACAUAGGGAAUGUGCUUGGCCAAAUUUGUGAUGUUGCCACGAAAGAAUACAAUGAGACCGACAUGCCUGACAUUGAAGACCCAGACAUGAAACUCACAGAUGGCGCCCAGCUGGUUGAGUUGACAGCCACCAAGAGGAAUACAGACCCUCCCCCAUCAUUUGACUUCAGCAAAUUGCCACGGACCUUGCAAGAAGCUUUACUGAAGGAAGGGGCAAUGUUUUCGAACCUCUGGGCUUUGGUUGUCUAUUUGAGGUGCGGCGAGAAGGGCUUGGAUGGCGCAUACCUCCGCAAUGCAGAAGUGGUCCGGAACAGAAGCAGGAAGCUCAAUUGGCAUCAGACACUGGAGAUGAAUUUGAAGGAAAUCCGCCAGAUGGAAGAUAGUUUUCUUGCUGGACAGCGUGGGUCACGAGUGUCCAAGUGGAUUGCAUCGUCAAAAGCUUUGUCAGAGAAGAUUGGCCAGCCGGCGCCCGAAAGUGUGGAGACCGGUCAAAUCGGCUUGAUGAACAUAGAUGGAAAGGCAGCACCUGCGCUCAUCCACACAUUGUGGCCAACAGCCAAAAAACCGAAACCUCUGGCACAGCCAGUUCCUUUGAACAGAUUGCGCUGUUUUCGAGGGACUGUCAUGUUGGAGACGGCUAAAGCUGGCGAGUUGAUCCCUUCGGACAUCACUGCAGUGUUUGUCGCCGAUCAAGUUUUGGCAAUCUUGGACAUUGUGAAAGCGGAUCAGUCAUCGGGAAGCAUUGUGCUGAGCCCAUCUUCACAGGAGAUCAUGAAGAAGUGCAAAGAUGAACAUUACCCAGUUCAAGAGGCUGCCAAGCGAGGACGGAAACGAAAGCAAUCUGCGGAUGCAUCGGAUCCUCUGAAGCCCCCGAACUUCAAAUGUGUGGCCAGCCGCCUCAGACGAUUGGCUCAAAUCAGAAACACAAAAGGUGAUGAUGAUCAAGCAGCUGAGAAAAUCACUCCAGACGAAAUGAGACGCUCGGACCGUGGACGGCAAGCCAUCAGGCGAGUGGUGGUCAAAGCAUGUGAGAUUGAUGCCGUUUAUUUCAGGACCAAUCCAAGUUUCGACCACAUCACCCAGAAAGCCAAUGUGAAGGGUGCCAUGGGCUAUGACUACACGGAUUUCAUUGCCCAUGUGCCAUUCUACUACCAGUACCUGUUCCAUGAAUGCAGGAAUCCAGAGAAAUAUGGAGCAGCUGUGCACAAAGACCUGUCGGGCAUUCUUGCCGAGCUGCGAAAAGACCCACCAUGCCGCAAGAAGUUUCAUCUCAUGAUCGCAGAAUGCCGGAGUGCAAAGCUUUCCGGAUCCAUUGAGAUUUAA